AUGGGCUACGAUCCAACCAAUAUAGAGAAUUCUAGCUCCGAUAGUUCGGAGAACAAUGUCGAAAUGUACAUGGGGAAACAAGGAGAACCUGAGAACGGAGAUAAAGGAGAAGAGUCCUCCUUAAUGAGAACAGUCUCCGAAUACAAUCCGGAGGCUGUUGAGACGGGGGAAGCAUCUGUCCGUGCCUACGAAGAAAGUAAGGCACUGGAGGAAGGUAAGUUCUUACCACCACCUCCUCCGAAAUAUUCUAUAUUCAGUCCUGAGUUGCACACAUUCAGGUUGCAGGUUUUGAAAAAACAGGUUGUUGUUAUUCUCAUAUUCUGGGUGUUUAUUUUAAGUGUAUGGUCCAUUUACUGGGGGUCAAUGUACAAGAGAGAGACACGAACGGUGAAUUUGAACAUCUUAAUUGGAGUGGAAGAUGACCCCAAUGCUCCCAUCUCACAGGCUUUGGUGAAUGCGUCCAAACAGGUGCCCAAUAGUCCCACAUGGCAGGUAAGGUCUGGUCUAACCACCGAGGAAUACGUGCAGUUGGUCCAUGACCAAGAAUACUGGGGGGCCAUUUAUGUGACAAGUAACAACGUAUCCAGUGACAUUGUAUCUGCCUUCAACAAUGGCAAGAAUGUCUCUACUGAGAACAUGGUGCAGUCGUACUAUGAAACGGCAAAGGACCCAACCACUUUACAAGGCGUGGUGGAGCCAAUAUUAUAUAGGUUUGAGAGCUAUUUCCAGAGACAGUUACAACAAGUCACAUAUCCUCAGAUCAUCACCAACCUAAGCAAUGAACAAUUCAAUAGUUUGAGAUAUACCAAUAUAUUGACCGAGGUUCCCGUUAUCACCUACAUCGACGGGAGACCCAUCCAGUCAGUUGCGAUUGGUCCAUUACAGGUGGGGUUGAUUUAUAUGAUUAUUAUAACUUUUUUCCAAUUUAUGUGGAUGACCGGCAUCAAUGGAAUGGUUGCCAAAAAAAUCAGGCCAAUGCAGUAUAUUGUGUUUCAGUUGUUUAACUCGCAGUUAAUAUUUUUGUUUAUUUCCCUAGCCUUUACAUGCCUAAACAGUGCCUUUCAAAUAAAAAUGAACGGAACUUGGAGUGGUGGAUUCGGUGUGUUUUGGAUGAUAUCCUUCUUGACAAUGUCUGCAGUUGGUGGUGCCAACCAUAACGUGGCACUAAUACUAACGCCAAUUCAUGCUCCCUUGAUUGGAUUCUGGAUGUUAUUCUUUGUGAUGAUCAACAUUUCUGCUACAUUUGCACCAAUCCCCCUCUGCCCAGAGUUUUUCAGGUUCACCUAUGCAAUGCCAAUAAAAAAUGGCUAUGAAUUGAUGAAAAUAUGUUUGUACGAUACAUCGCAUAGACAUAUGGGUAGAUAUUUCGGUAUUCUAAUUGCAUGGAUUGCUGCAAACAAUUUAUUGAUGCCUCUAUGUAUCAUGUUCUUUGCGUCCCGCAUGAAGGCAAAGAUGCUAAAGGCGGACAGAGAGAAAAACAAUUGA